CAGACAGACAGACAGAGAGAGAGAGAGAGAGAGAGAGAGAGAGAGAGAGAGAGAUGUACACCUUCCAGAGUAAUAAUAUGACGCUCGGCCUGUCUACUCAACUAAACAUGUGACCACCCUGUGUCGAUGCUUACAGCGCCAGUGCCGCUUGACAAAAGCAGGACAUAUAAAGCAGCACAGCAGACCAGAAGGUAAGCCAAGAUGGACCUGAAGGAUCAGGGCGCUCAAAUGGAACCUCUGCUUCCCUCGGUAAUUACACCUUCCCGAGGAAGAAGUGUGAGAGGUGAUGAGGAGGCAGUGGUGGACAGAGGAGGCACCCGAUCUAUGCUGAAGGCCGAUUUAGAACAAGAGGAGCUAGAAGGUCACAGAACCUUGUAUAUUGGGGUGCAUGUGCCUCUGGGACGCCGAAGCCACAGACGCCACAGGCAUCACGGCCACCGACACAGGAAGAGGAGCAGAGAAAGAGACUCAGGAGUGUGUGAUGGACGGGAAUCACCUGCAUAUGACACACCCUCUCAAAGGGUCCAGUUCCUGCUGGGAACUGAGGAUGAUGAUGAAGAGCACAUUCCACAUGACCUCUUCACUGAACUGGAUGAAAUCUGUCUGCGUGAUGGGGAGGAUGCUGAGUGGAGGGAGACAGCUAGAUGGCUGAAGUUUGAGGAGGAUGUGGAGGAUGGAGGAGAGAGAUGGAGUAAGCCCUACGUGGCUACCCUCACUCUGCACAGCUUAUUUGAGUUGCGCAGCUGCAUCAUGAAUGGCACAGUGCUGCUAGACAUGAGGGCCAACUCCCUAGAGGAUAUUGCAGACAUGGUGUUGGACCAGCAGGAAACACUGGGGGAGCUUGGUGAGGAGGUGAGAAAGAAAGUCCGUGAGGCCCUGCUCAAACAGCACCACCAUCAAAACCAGAAGAAGCUGGCUAAUCGUAUUCCCAUAGUCCGCUCUUUUGCUGACAUUGGCAAGAAACAGUCUGAACCUAACUCUAUGGACAAGAAUGGUGGUUCAUCUUUCUGUUCUCUUAAGUCUUCCCUUUGGGGUUCAUUUAAAUCUGAUGGGAGGUGCAGGCAGGUGUCUUCCUGCUGGCCUCAGUGCUGCACUUCCAGCGUCUCCAUCUCGUCUCCACUCCCCAAAACAUCCACUUCCAUCUCCACCAACCGAGCCCACACACACAUCUCACUGCAGUCCUCACACACUGACCCGGACCCAGGCCAGAUGAUCCUUCCUCAGUCCCAGCCUAGUGCACAAGACCUCAAGCCAGAGGUUAUAAGAGAGAGCAGUAGUGUGGAUUUCAGUAAGAUAGACCUGCACUUCAUGAAGAAGAUUCCUGCUGGAGCUGAGGCCUCCAAUAUCCUGGUAGGAGAGCUGGAAUUCUUGGAGAAACCUGUAGUGGCAUUCGUACGUCUCUCACCUGCUGUCCUUCUCAAUGGCCUGGCAGAAGUUCCCAUAACCACAAGGUUCCUCUUUAUUCUCCUUGGGCCUCUGGGUAAAGGACCACAGUACCAUGAGAUUGGCAGGUCUAUUGCAACCCUGAUGACUGAUGAGGUCUUCCAUGAUGUUGCAUAUAAAGCUAAGGACCGCAAUGAUCUAGUGGCUGGAAUUGACGAGUUCCUUGACCAAGUAACAGUGCUACCCCCGGGUGAAUGGGACCCGUCUAUCAGAAUCGAGCCACCGAAAAACGUUCCUUCUCAGGAGAAAAGAAAAAUCCCUGCUGUCCCCAAUGGAGAGCUGGCAGAGAGUAAGGAACAUGGGGGGCAUGGAGGCCCUGAGCUACAGCACACCGGGAGGCUGUUUGGUGGGCUUAUUCUGGAUGUAAAGCGCAAGGCACCACAUUACCUAUCUGACUACACAGAUGCCAUCAGUUUGCAAUGUGUGGCUUCGUUCCUCUUCCUCUACUGUGCCUGCAUGUCUCCUGUCAUCACCUUCGGGGGACUGCUGGGGGAAGCCACAGAGGGACGCAUUAGUGCUAUCGAGUCUUUGUUUGGCGCGUCGAUGACUGGAAUCGCUUACUCGCUGUUUGCGGGCCAGCCUCUCACCAUCCUUGGCAGUACUGGACCUGUGCUGGUUUUCGAGAAGAUUUUAUUCAAAUUCUGCAAGGAAUAUGAGUUGUCCUAUCUGUCUCUGAGGACAUGUAUUGGCCUUUGGACUGCUUUUCUCUGUUUGCUGCUGGUGGCUACUGAUGCCAGCACACUCGUUUGCUACAUAACUCGUUUUACAGAAGAAGCCUUUGCCUCUCUCAUCUGCAUCAUUUUCAUCUAUGAGGCUCUGGAGAAGCUAAUCCACCUCGGCGAUACUUACCCUUUCAACAUGAAAAACAACAUUGAGAAACUCACCACCUAUUCAUGUGCUUGUAUAGAGCCUGUGAACCCCAGCAAUGCCACCCUGCUGUAUUGGGAGCAGAACAACAUCACAGCAUCAGAGAUCUACUGGGAGGCUCUGGAAGUGCAGGACUGCAUAGAGAAGAAAGGGGUGUUUGUGGGUUCAGCCUGUGGACCUCAUGGUCCCUACGUCCCUGAUGUACUGUUCUGGUCUGUUGUGCUCUUCUUCUCCACUGUGGCCAUGUCUGCUUUCCUGAAGGAAUUCAAAACCAGCAGAUACUUUCCCACAAAGAUCAGAUCAAUCAUCAGUGAUUUUGCUGUGUUUAUUACCAUUCUGACAAUGGUUCUGGUGGACUACGCUUUAGGUGUCCCAUCACCCAAACUGCAGGUUCCCAACAAGUUUAAGCCAACACGAGAUGACCGAGGUUGGUUCAUCAACCCACUGGGUCCAAACCCCUGGUGGACUUGUAUCAUAACAGUGUUCCCUGCUCUUCUCUGUACCAUCCUUAUCUUCAUGGACCAGCAGAUUACUGCAGUCAUUAUAAACAGGAAGGAACACAAACUUAAGAAAGGCUGUGGUUACCACCUGGACCUGUUUGUGGUGGGUGUGAUGCUGGGGGUGUGCUCACUGAUGGGGCUGCCCUGGUUUGUGGCAGCUACAGUGCUUUCUAUCUCACACGUGAACAGCCUGAAGCUGGAGUCAGAGAGCUCAGCCCCAGGAGAGCAGCCUAAGUUUCUGGGCAUCAGAGAACAGCGGUUUACUGGCCUCAUGAUUUUUCUCCUGAUGGGAUGCUCUGUCUUCAUGACCUCCGUUCUUAAGUUUAUUCCAAUGCCUGUGCUGUAUGGAGUGUUUCUUUACAUGGGAGCAUCAUCUCUACGGGGAAUACAGUUCUUUGACAGGUUGAGGUUGUUUGGUAUGCCAGCUAAGCACCAGCCUGACUUCAUCUACCUGAGGCACGUUCCUCUGCGGAAGGUUCAUCUGUUCACCAUCAUCCAGCUCAGCUGCUUGGUUCUUCUCUGGGUCAUUAAAACAUCCCGCGCCGCCAUCGUCUUUCCUAUGAUGGUUCUUGCUCUGGUAUUUAUUCGGAAGCUGCUGGAUUUUAUCUUCACUAAAAGAGAGUUGAGCUGGCUGGAUGACCUCAUGCCAGAAAGUAAGAAAAAGAAAAUGGAGGAUGCAGAAAAAGAGGAGGAGCAAAGUAUUCUGGCAGAAGAAGAGGGAGUAGUACAAGUGCCAUUGGAAGGACAUUACAAGGAUGAUCCGUCGUCUGUGAAUAUCACUGAUGAGAUGUCUAAAGCCUCCUUCGGAAACACUUGGAAGGCUGUCAGCUCCGAUGGCUCAAAAAAGUGAACCAAACUCAAAAAGCAUCAGCCUCCAUCUUAAGCUGUUUUUCUUACUCUCCUAGUUGCUGAGCACUUAAUACAUGGCCUGCAGCAUCACUGGAAGGCAAGGACAUGAAAGAAAUGAGAGCUUCAACAUAAAGACAAGCCUCUGAUCUGCGUCUUUUUCACUGUGGUCUCACACACAAAAACACACUGAUAUCAUUUGCCACAUGUUUCUGCUCCUAUAUGUCUUUGUUCCUUUCUCUUUAGUGCUUUAGUAAUUUUUUAAACUUUAAUUUCUAAAUACUUGUGUGCAUGGUUGAAAAAUUGUCAGUCUCUAUUUAUACGUACAUUUUCUGUUUACUUAAAUAAAACAAUACCAGCAGAUGAAGGUGAGGAGUGCGGACUCUGAAAGUUAUGUGUUGGAAAAAUUUGAAACUAUUCUAAAGACAUUUUUCAUUUUAAAUGGAUUUAUAUGUAUUUAUUUGUAUUUUCUAUGUUUAUGUAUUAGUCUUCUUCCUGUUAUCCUAUAUAUAGCUAAACUAGAAAGUGAAACAAAUAUUCAAAAGACUACUAGUAGAUUUAAACCAUAAAUGUCCAUGUUAUAUACAUUCAUCCUUUAUCAAUAUCAUCAUCAUCAUCAUCAUCAUCAUCAGCAGCAGCAGCAGCAGCAGCAUCAUCUGCAUCAUUAUUAUUAAUGCUGGAUGAAUCAAGUUGUCAUUACUGUAUUAUUUUUCUUUCUUUCUAAGGUAGAAUAAACGGCAAACUAUAGUACAGUAUAUUAUUUUGUUAUAAGAGUAUAACCUCAGAAUAGAGGUUUAGCCAAUUACCUUGCAAUUAAAAAAAGAUUUGUAUCAUUUUAAUGAUGUAUUUGCUAUAUUUUCAGAUUGAUAUUGAGAUGUGUACCUGAUUUCUGUUGAUCUAUAUAUCUAAUGAUUUUGUAGGAUGUGUGUUGAUUCUGUCAAUAUGCCAAAGUCCAAAUAGAUAUCUCUGAUAACUGGCUCAUUGCACAUCUCUGAUUAAAUAAUACCACAUGGCAGUUUCUCAGUACCAGUAUUUAACACACUGGAACAACCUGAAGCUUAAUCUUUGUGUUGUAGGGAAGCAGAACUGGCACAGAAAUGACAGACGUUUUCUAUAAAUAUUUUGAAGGGCAUUUCUCAAACAGGUCAUAUUCUCCAGCUCAGUGUUUUUUUUUAAAGAAUCUAUGAAGGGCAUAAUAUAACUUGAGAAUAAAUGCAAUAUUAAUCUAGAAGGGCAAAAUAAAAGGUUUAUAAAUGUGGAUUCACUUUGUAUAUACAUUUACACCUUACAUUCUAACAGUUUUAGGAUUAACAUAUUUUUUUUUUCAUUAAAAAUAGAGUUCCUUAGUAAGGUGACAUGCUUUGUCUUGCUUUGAUGUUAGUGGAAAUUGAAUAAGCAGUCACAAUAACCUUUUUUUUUCCUCAAGAAGUAAUAUACACCAGUUACAUAUUUUUCCAUGUAAUGUUUAAUAAUUUAUUAAAAUUAAAUAGUUUGGACUUGUUAAACUGUUAAAAUUGCAUUUUAAAAUUCUAUGUACAAGCUGUUUUGAUGUCUUUGUUUCUGUUAAUGAAUG